AUGACUGUUGAGAAUGAAUUGUUGGAAUGUCUGAAAGAUGCUCUGACUCCUGACUUGACUAUGGAAGAGCUGGUUGAAAACGGGUGUUUAGAACUCGAGAAAAGACUACAAGAAAGCGACACAUCGAUGCUUAGCGGAGGAUCAUCAAUUCUGCCCUGUGCUCCACGCGGUGAAAAAAUGGGCUUUUUACAUAUAGCCCUUGAUCUUGGCGGAAGUUUUGUAAAAUUGGGAUUCGUUAAUGCCGCUAAUUUGAAAGUUUCGAAUUGCGCUAGCAUGGCUAUUCAUGCAGUCUCCGUAAACGUCCAGUUUUUCAGGUCAAUUGUUGAAUGGAUAUGCGAACAAGCCGCCAAAUUUCUUUGUGAACGUGAAAUAAACCCUUCCACAGUGAUUUUCGAGCUGGGCCUCACAUUUGGGUUUCCUUUGACUCCUCACGGGCAAAUCACAACUAUGGGCAAGGGUUUCCAGUUAAGCGAUGAGGUUAAGGCCAUGAAAAUGACCGUGCUUCUGCAACGGCUGUUUCUCGAAACACAGAUGAAAGGAGCUUACGGGUAUGAAGUUAGAGUCGGUGGCAUUGUCAACGAUAGUGUUGCCGUCUUCUUGGCAAACGCUGCAACGGAAAAAGACAAUGACGUCUCGCUGAUCUUGGGAACAGGUAUCAAUGCAUGUUUCUCGCUGCCCAGUGAGAGGAUCCCCUCUCGAAAGACGCCGGGAGAAAGUGGAGACGGAGCUGUGGCGCAGUUGAUCAAUUCAGAGAUAGGGUUUUUGGGGCAGGAUUUCAUCAAACUUUCCGAGUUUGACCCCAAGGACGAAACCCUAUUCAUGCCUCUUGAGUAUGUCACGGCAGGUAAAUGGAUUCCUCUCACGCUGAAAAAUAUCAUUUUCAGACACAACCUAAGUUCUGGUGCUGCCGAGCACUUAAAUUUUGAUGGGAAGCUUAUAUGCGACAUAUUAAAUGGCUCUUCUAUUGCAGCGUUUGGCAGAGAUCAACCGGUCAUCAAAGCUUUGACGUACGCGCUGAUUGAAAGAGCCGCUUUUUAUGCUACAGGCGCUCUUUUAAGCAUGUUGAAAUUCACAGGAGACGACCGGCCUCAUGCGGUACGCGUUGGGUACGCUGGAUCCUUUCUGAGAAACUGCACGGCUUAUCGAGACCUGAUCUAUCAGUUCAGCGCCGGAAAAAUUGAGCUCGAGUUCUUGGAACACAGCAAUUUGAUUGGCGCUCAUGUAAACUCAUUGCGCUGCCAUGAUGUGGGAUCGUAA